AUGAGAGAAGCGAUUUUAUCGAAUUGCGAAAGAAAUUUCAUUCUGAAGGCAGCUUCAGAAUGUAAGAGGUUAGAUGGCAGGAAAUUAGAAGGUUUUCGAGAUUUAAAAAUUCAUUUUGGAAAAGACUGGGGCUUGUGUUAUGUUUCUUUAGGAGAAUCAAAAGUAGUGUCUCAAGUAAAAUGUGAAAUUCAAGAACCCCAAGCUGUAAGACCAAAUGAAGGAUUAUUUUUUAUGAAUGUAGAACUGAGUUUAAUGGCGUCACCAUAUAUUGAACCUGGAAGAGCUUCAAACUUAAGCACUCACAUUCAGCGUUUACUAGACAAAUGCUUAUAUGAUUCCAAAGCUAUUGAUUUGGAAUCUUUGUGUAUUGUCGCAGAAGAUAAAGUUUGGGCAAUAAAAAUUGACGUUCAUGUUUUAAAUCAUGAUGGGAGCUUAGUAGAUUGUGCUUCAAUAUCAGCAUUAGCAGCUUUAGCUCAUUUUAAAAGACCCGAUGUAACAACGGAUGGAGAAGAAAUUAAAGUUCACAGUACUGCAGAAAGAGAUCCAAUUCCUUUAACAUUACAUCAUUAUCCAAUUUGUGUUUCUUUUGCUCUUUUAAACAAUAGCGAAAAUAUUUUUGCCGAUCCUACAGAAAUUGAAGAAAGAGUGUCGGAUGCUAACUUAACUUUCGGCAUUAAUGCAUAUAAAGAAAUAUGUUGCCUUCAUUUGGGAGGAACUGCUUUAAUCAAGCCAAAAUUAAUAAUGACAUGUUCUCUUAAAGCAGCUGCUAGAGCAAAAGAAGUAGUCGAAUUAAUAAACGAAGCAAUUAAGAAAGAUGCCGAGGCAAGGCAUCAGAAAAAACCUGUAGGUUUUGUUAGUGAUUUUAAUUGGGAUAGAAUUACUGCUAUGAGUGAAAAAAGACUAAAAGUUCAACUGAGUAAAUUUGAAAAUUAUGGUCAUCAGUCCAACCUGAAUGGGAGUGAUUUAAAUAACGUAGGAAAUUACAAAAUAACUAGUUUAGGAGAUAAUUGUGCCGAACUUGAAUUAGGCCCUACAAAAAUGGAAGAAUAA